AUGGUUUCAAGAGAUCCUUUGCCGUGUUUCGUGGCAGUCCUGUGGUUUACGUGUUUGUGUGAGUUUUCCACCUUUGCAUCAGUUGCAGAUGUGAGGGAGAUGGUGAGUGAAAAGGAAUCAGGAAGGAGCGUUUUGGAAAAAGAUGAAGAUCUGCAGGUGGAAGUGAAAUCUGGGGAUCAAGUGGUACGAAAGCAGGACUGCAGAAGAAAAUGUGAAGUAAAAGAGCAGCAGAGGAAGAAAUUGGUUGGCUGUCAGAGCAGACAAUGUGGAAAUAAGUUCCACAGGAGAAGUGCACUAAAAGCACAUGAAAGGAUACACUCAGGGGAGAAGCCAUACAAAUGCUUGGAGUGUGGAAAGUGCUUCUCUGUGUCUUGGGUCCUUAGUACACAUCAAAGGGUUCACACAGGGGAGAAGCCAUAUAAAUGCUUGGAGUGUGGAAAGUGCUACUCUCAGAAUGGCCACCUAAUUUCACAUCAUAAGGUUCACACAGGGGAGAAGCCAUAUAAAUGCUUGGAGUGUGGAAAGUGCUACUCUCAGAAUGGCCACCUAAUUUCACAUCAUAAGGUUCACACAGGGGAAAAGCCAUAUACAUGCUUGGAGUGCGGAAAGUGCUUCUCUCUCAGUAGGUCCCUAACUUCACAUCAAAGGGUGCACACAGGGGAAAAGCCAUAUAAAUGCUUGGACUGUGGAAAGUGCUUCUCUCACAAUAGCAUUCUAAUUAAACAUAAAAGGGUUCACACAAGGGAGAAGCCAUACAAAUGCUUGGAGUGUGGAAAGUGCUUCUCUCAGAAUAGCAACCUAACUGCACAUCAAAGGGUUCACAGAGGGGAGAAGCCAUACAAAUGCUUGGAGUGUGGAAAGUGCUUCUCUCAGAAUAGCACCCUAAUUCAACAUAAAAAGGUUCACACAGGGGAGAAGCCAUAUAAAUGCUUGGAGUGUGGAAAGUGCUUCUCUCACAAUAGCUCCCUAACUAAACAUGAAAAGAUUCACACAGGGGAGAAGCCACACAAAUGCUUGGAGUGUGGAAAGUGCUUCUCUCAGAAUAGCACCCUAACUCAACAUAAAAAGGUUCACACAGGGGAGAAGCCAUAUAAAUGCUUGGAGUGUGGAAAGUGCUUCUCUUACAACAGGAGCCUGCUUGAACAUAAAAUGGUUCACACGGGGGAGAAGCCAUAUAAAUGCUUGCAGUGUGGAAAGUGCUUCUUUACAAAUGGCAGCCUUAGUGCACAUAAAAAGGUUCACACAGGGGAGAAGCCAUACAAAUGCUUGGAGUGUGGAAAGUGCUUCUCUAACAGUAGCAUUCUAAUUACACAUAAAAGGGUUCACACAAGGGAGAAGCCAUACAAAUGCUUGGAAUGUGGAAAGUGCUUCUCUCAAAAUAGCCACCUAAUGUCACAUAAAAAGGUUCACACGGGGGAGAAGCCAUAUAAAUGCUUGGAAUGUGGAAAGUGCUUCUCUCAGAAUGGUGACCUAGUUUCACAUCAUAAGGUUCACACAGGGAAGAAGCCAUAUAAAUGCUUGGAGUGUAGAAAAUGCUUCGCUUGUAAUAGCAUCCUAAGUGAACAUCUAAAGGUUCACGCACGGGAGAAAGCAUACAAAUGUUAG